UACAGAUUUACUACACUGGCUUCAUUUACACACACUUUAGGAUGACUAUUGCAUUUGUUGCGGUUCUACAUUAAUCAUAUUAUGUGAAGUUCACCUUAUUUGGUCACCCUCACACACCUGUGCCACGUGAAACAAAAUCAAAUCCAAGACAAUGACAGCUUGCUGUGCUCAUGCCCUCUAAAUUGAUAUAUUUGCUGUAUAUCUUCAAACAAGCUUUUCUAGCUUUCUAUUGCACAGUAAUGACAUAAAAGAAAGGUCUUUAUGACCGAUGUUGCAACAAGAAAAGCACUCAGAGAGCACAGUACUCCGCCAUGGCUGCUCAUUCCUUUUGUCAUUUCCGACGGAUAAGUCCCCGUAAGUCUGCAGCAGUAGAUUUGUAGUAGGAUCGCAAUCAUGUGAUUGUCAGUAGGCAGCUGACAGUGUUCACUUAGUCAUAGUCAUAGUGACACCGUGCUGCUAUCUCGCAAUGAUACAGAAAUCUUUAAAAAAAACUCCAGACUAUAAGCCAGAUCACUGCCAAAAUCUAAUCAAUUGGUCAUUGUGUCAUUUCUGACCUUCCCUAAAAAUUUCAUCCAAAUCGGUUAGUCUGUUUUUGACUAAUGUUGCUAACAAACAAACAGACAGACAAACCGACGCCGAUUGUCACAUAACUCCACCGUGUUCCUUGGAGUAAUAAGACUGAUAUUAAUGUUACAGGUCUGCUUCCUUUGAGUGAACCAGAUAACCACACUCUGCUAAAAUUAUCAAAUGAGAGGACAGUUAUUUUAUAUAAUGGGCACAGUUUACCUUUUUAUAGAAUUAUCCUUUUAUAGAGAUUAAAAACUUAUUCCCAGGUAUGUAUGAGAUGUAUAUACUUCAGUUGCCCCAAAGAACACUACAUUACAUAGAUAAGACACCAUUUGUUGAUCUUAUGCAAACUUAGAAGGAGCAGGGAGAGUAGAGUUUAAUACUGAUUUCUUUAGAAUAACUUUGCAUUCAGAAUUUGUACUUAAACUGCUUUCAGGGUGGAAUCCGAUGUAUUGAUGUAUCGUGUGUUUGUAUCCUGUAUGUGUGUGUGGCUGUAUAGGACUUUUUAGCUGCAUAUUAUUUUCUGUAUAAGUCAAGGUGCAUGAUUGUUUUUCUGAUUUCUUAAUUAUGCACAUUCUACACUUCUAAUGUGUCCUGUUUUGUUCUUAAACACGAGUUACGUUACAGCCACCGAUGACGCUAACAUUGCUGGUAGUUAACUGCAGUCUAAAUCUUGCACUAUUAUCAAUAUAAACAGAUGCUUCUUUUAAUGUCUUCAGAUCAGCUUACCAAUCAGUUAACAUCAAAACAGAUUUUUUUGGAGUGCAGGCAUCACUGCUGAUAAAUGAAUACACACGUGCUGUGAUUUCUUUCUAAAACCCAUAUUUUAAUGUCUGAGCAUGAGACAUGAUACAAGUGAAUUUUUUACUAUAAUCAUAUUGGUGUGUACAGACUUGAUAGCACACACUAUGAUAUUGGCCCCACACCCAGGUAACAACCACAUGUCCGUGUCAGUGCGUCUGAUGAGCUAAUCUAGUGGUCAGCGUGGUGACAGGAUCCCUGGCUGAGAGAUGGCCUUCUUCAAGAGCUUCCAGCAGAACCUCCCAUCUGUCAACAUUUCCUCCAUCUUGGACUCAGUCACUAGUCGCGUAGAUGACCUGGCCAACGCUGUCAGCGAUGUCACUUAUGCUGUCAGUGACCAGCUGACUGAGCAGGUUACCACAAUUAUCAACAAGGUGGAAGAUGGGGAAAACAGCAGCAGCCAGGAGCCAGGUCAGGCGUCUGCCGCAUCAGAAGGGAAGGCCAGCAAUAAAAGCAUGUGGCAAAUGCAGAGAGACUCAGAGACAGGUAACACAAGCUCAAAAACCAACCAAAGCAGUGAUACAAUGGAGGCAGAGCAGACUCCAAGCCAGCUGGAGUGGGAAUGGAGGGAUGGAUGCUGGCGAGUUAAAAAGACGGAAGCUGAGUUAAUACAGGAAGAGAUGAGGAAGAAAGAGGAGAAGGAACAACAGGAGAGGAGAGAACAGCGGAGAAAAGAGAAACGAGAGAAGCAGCUUGAGAAAGAAGCCCAGUCUCAGAGAAACCAAGAAGAAUCCCAGGAGGGAGGGCAAGAGGAGGAAGUUCAUGUUUUAGACAAGACAGACAAUAGUAGUGGACAAGACAGAAAGGCAUGUGACAGUGGACACCAGUCAGCUACUCAACAGACAAGUGAGGACUGUGAUAAAACUCCUCAUUCGACUGGCAGUGAUACUGAAAGUAGGUUAUCAAAACAGCAAGAGCAAAGUGGGGAAGAGAAGGAAGAGAUGGAGGACUGCCCUGAGAGAGAGGGAGACGCUGCGAAAGACCUUGAAAUUUCUUUGUCCACAAUGAAAAAGAAAAAGUCACACAAGAAGAAGGGAAAAGAUGCAAAGGAGGGCUCGAAGAAAUCAGAAAAAGCUCCGGCUGAGGAGAAGAAAAAGGAGAAAGGCAAGAAAGGCAAGAAGAAAAAAAAAGGAAACCAAGAGGGAGUUUUAUCAGACAGUGAGGAGGAGGGGAGCCCCGAGGCUGUGGCCCAGCAGAGCACAACGUCUGCAUGGAGCAGCAAAUGUAAGCAGUCAGCUGAGCAGGGAGGAUACAGCAGCGAGGGCUCCAGUGAACGUGCAGCCAACAGCAUUCAGAGGAUAAAGAAAGAUUCCUCCCUCUGUGAGCUCCAGCCUCCCCCAUACCAAGAUGAGGUCUCCGUUGCCCGCAUGUCAUCUCGUUCCCAAUCAGAAAGGGGGACCAGGAGGGGGUCCAUCCAACAGCGCUGUGACAGCCCCCUCUGCUCCAGUGAGGCUAGUGUGGACCAGGACACUGAAAGCUACCUCAAUAAAGCCUGUGAAGAGGACAUACCCAGUGAUAGCACUGCUGUUCUAGGUCCAGAGGAUGGUCCUGGUCCUCAGCUCCCCACAGCCUACGAGCCAGAGCCCCUUGCCAAAUAUGGCACGCUGGACGUUGCCUUUGAGUACGACUCCAAUGAGCAGUGGUUGGCUGUCACGGUCACCGCAGCAACCGACAUCCCUGCUCUCAAACAGACAGGCAACAUCUCGUGGCAGGUUCAUCUGGUCCUGCUGCCCACCAAGAGGCAACGGGCUAAGACCGGCGUGCAGAAGGGUCCAUGUCCAGUGUUCACAGAAACAUUCAAGUUUUCCAGGGUGGAACAGGAGGCCCUGGGGGACUAUGCUGUUCGCUUCCGCUUGUACAGCAUAAGGCGGAUGAAAAAAGAGAAGGUCUUGGGAGAGAAGGUCUUCUACCUGACUAAGCUGAACCUGCAGGGCAAGAUCGCUCUACCUGUCACUCUGGAGCCUGGCUCUGAACUUACAGGUUGCGGUUCUCUUGUAAGUGUGUCUCGCAGUGCAGGAGCUCUGUCCUACCGCUCUGCUGAGGAGUCCAUGCCAGAGAUCCUCCUGGGUCUCAUCUACAACUCUGCAACAGGACGGCUGUCGGCUGAGGUUAUUCAGGGAAGCCACUUUAAAACCACAGCGUCUGACAAACCUGUCAAUGGUCUGUUUUGUUGUGUAAGACACUUCGUAGGGGGACAACUUUAUAUCAUGAGAGACACCUAUGUGAAGCUGACCAUGCUGGACUCUAAGGGGAAAGAGAUGUCAAAGUGUAAGACGGCUGUGUGUCGAGGCCAACCCAACCCCACCUACAAGGAGACGUUUGUCUUCCAGGUGGCACUCUUCCAGCUGUCCGAGGUGUCACUGGUGGUGUCGGUGUUCUGCCGCCGGAGCAGCAUGAGGCCCAGGGAGAGGCUGGGCUGGGUCUCCCUGGGCCUCAACAGCACCAGCGAGGAGCAGCAGGUCCACUGGACAGAGAUGAAAGAAGCGGAGGGACAGCAGGUCUGCCACUGGCACACACUUACUGACACAUAGGAGGAUGAUUUUUUUUAAAGACUGACCUUCAAGUAAGAGCAUUUCCAGAACAAUCAGAGGUUUGGGAGAGCAAGACGCACCUUGUGAGAUGUGUGUUGUGUUUGUUGCAUACAGCUGUGAAGAUGGGCACAGGUUCCCAGUCUUCACUGCCAGGCUGCAUGGAAACCCUUUAAUCUGCCACUUUUCUCCGAAGCAGACAGACUUUACUGAUGGAGGUUCCAGUUCCAGCCUAUUUGUGGACAAAAAAAUGCAGUGGCAGACAGAAAGUGAAUGGCAUUAUACUGACUGGAUCACUCAAGGACAGAAUGAAAUGGUUUGUUUCCAAGCGAUUCUGUUCACAGCAAAAUCUGCAUGUACACUAACUGUUUACAGGACAAAGUUAAUACACUUCAAAAUAUUUUCGGGCUCUGAAUCUUGGACCAAAGAGCUGGGUCCAGGACUAGCAGAUUCUUUUCUAUUACUUUUGGGCUUCUCUGGACUUCAGCUACCACCAGCAUACCAGACAUUUCUCUAUCAGUUGUAGCCACUGACAAAAGUGAAUGCAAUGAGAAGACUGUUAAAGGGCCUACAAGAUGCUGCAACUCUGCUUACAAACUAUGCUUUGUACAGUUUGUUUACAUAACCAUGACAUUAUGCAAGACCAAUUCAUUCAUUUCUCCUUUUAUGUUUUUGGAUUACCUGUCACGGUGUACCAGUUUUAUGGGUGUCUCUCUGGGGUACGUGUUACACAAAGAUCUUUUAUUUUUACAUCAUGGACUUGCAUAACUUAAUACACUAUGCAUCUGACUCCACUUUAAAUGGGAAGAAUGCAAUUCUUUCUUCUUGUGCUUGCUGAGUCUCUUACAGAAUUGGACACGGCUCUUCAUGCCACUGGUAUCAAAGAGCAGCUUCCUUUCCUGUGUAGUACAGAUUGAGCCUGUUUCACCAUUCAGCCUUCUGACAACUCAGCCAUGUUCAUUCAUGUAGAAACACGGUGCUUCUCGCUGAGGAAGAAUAUGCAGAAACCUGUGCAGUCCAAUAAACGUGGCUGUCUCUGUGAGGCAGUACCGAUGAGAAA